AUGGAUCCAUUUUGGAAGACAAGAUCUCAGUGCAGUGAAGAGAAGGGAGAUAAGCCAGCAAGCAGAGUGCUGGUGGCAUCCCGUAAUUUUGCAAACGAUGCUACAUUUGAAAUUAAGAAGUGUGACCUUCACCGGCUGGAAGAGGGCCCUCCUGUCACAACGGUGCUCACCAGGGAGGAUGGGCUCAGAUACUACAGGAUGAUGCAAACUGUUCGCCGAAUGGAGUUAAAGGCAGAUCAGCUGUAUAAACAAAAAAUUAUUCGCGGUUUCUGCCACUUGUGUGAUGGUCAGGAAGCUUGUUGUGUGGGCAUGGAAGCUGGCAUAAAUCCCACAGACCAUCUGAUCACAGCCUAUCGGGCUCAUGGCUUUACCUUUACUCGUGGGCUUUCUGUACGAGAAAUUCUCGCAGAGCUUACAGGGCGAAGAGGAGGUUGUGCUAAAGGAAAAGGAGGAUCAAUGCAUAUGUAUGCCAAGAAUUUCUACGGGGGCAAUGGCAUCGUUGGAGCUCAGGUGCCCCUGGGAGCUGGGAUUGCUCUGGCCUGUAAGUAUAAUGGAAAAGAUGAGGUCUGUUUGACUUUAUAUGGCGAUGGCGCUGCUAAUCAGGGUCAGAUAUUUGAAGCUUACAAUAUGGCAGCUUUGUGGAAAUUACCCUGUAUCUUCAUCUGUGAAAAUAACCGCUAUGGAAUGGGAACAUCUGUUGAGAGAGCAGCAGCCAGCACUGAUUACUACAAGAGAGGCGACUUCAUUCCUGGGCUGAGGGUAGAUGGAAUGGAUGUCCUGUGUGUCCGGGAGGCAACAAAGUUUGCAGCUGCCCAUUGUAGGUCUGGAAAGGGGCCCAUACUGAUGGAGCUGCAGACUUACCGUUACCAUGGACACAGCAUGAGUGAUCCUGGAGUCAGUUACCGUACACGAGAAGAAAUUCAGGAAGUAAGAAGUAAGAGUGACCCUAUCAUGCUUCUCAAGGAUAGAAUGGUGAACAGCAAUCUUGCCAGCGUUGAAGAGUUAAAGGAAAUUGAUGUUGAAGUGAGGAAAGAAAUUGAGGAUGCCGCCCAAUUUGCUACAGCUGAUCCUGAACCACCUUUGGAAGAACUAGGCUAUCACAUCUACUCCAACGAGCCACCUUUUGAAGUUCGGGGUGCAAAUCAGUGGAUCAAAUUUAAGUCCAUCAGUUAA